CCAAAGAGCUGAUUCUAGUGGGUUAACUUGUGUAGUAGUUGUCCAGAGUUUAGACGAUCUCCGAGUUUCGCCAGUUUCGGCACCAACUAUAUAUUUUGGAGUUUUGUACCAUACACAUAAGCCAAGAUGCCCGGAAUUCUACCCGAUGAUCCAGAUUAUAAGUAUCUGUGCGUAGAUAAAAAGGAUUUAAUGCAAUUGCAGACAGUGCCUUUUGAUGGAAAAAAGAAUUGCUGGGUUCCAGAUGAGAAGCUUGGAUUUGUUGCGGCCGAAAUUCAAUCAUCAAAAGGAGAUGAUAUUACAGUUAAAACUGUGGAGAAAAUGGAUACUAAAACUGUUAAAAAAGACGAUAUCCAACAGAUGAAUCCACCAAAAUUUGAAAAGAUCGAAGACAUGGCAAACUUGACCUAUUUGAACGAAGCCUCUGUCUUACACAAUUUAAGAGCAAGAUACGCUAGUGGUUUAAUCUAUACCUACUCUGGACUCUUUUGUGUUGUCAUCAAUCCAUACCGAUGGCUAUCAAUCUACACAGACAGCAUCAUACAAAAAUUCAAAGGAAAGAGGAGGACCGAAAUGCCACCUCAUCUUUUCUCUGUAGCUGAUAACGCUUACCAGUUCAUGUUGCAAGAUCGAGAAAAUCAAUCAAUGUUGAUUACUGGCGAAUCUGGAGCUGGUAAGACAGAAAACACGAAAAAAGUAAUCAUGUACUUUGCCAAAGUUGCUGCUUCACUUGGCAAAAAGGACAAGGAAGAAGAGCCUGUACUAGCAGAAGGAAAAAAGAAGAGUUCCCUAGAAGAUCAGAUUAUUCAGGCCAAUCCUGUACUUGAAGCUUAUGGUAACGCUAAGACCAUGCGUAACAAUAACUCGUCAAGAUUCGGAAAAUUUAUCCGUAUUCACUUUGGACCUACAGGCAAAAUCGCCGGUGCUGACAUUGAAACAUAUUUGUUAGAGAAGUCUCGUGUAACUUUCCAACAAUCUGCCGAGCGAGAUUACCAUAUCUUCUACAUGUUGCUGUCUAAUGCCUAUCCCAAGUAUCAUGAAAUGAUGCUGCUCACACCUGACCCCGCAUUGUUCUCCUUCAUUAACCAAGGAGCUCUUACCGUGGAUGGUAUUGAUGACGUUGAGGAAAUGAAAAUCGCCGACUCUUCCUUUGACAUCUUGGGCUUCUCUUACGAGGAGAAGACCAGCUUAUAUAAGUGUACUGCAUCAGUCAUGCACAUGGGAGAGAUGAAAUUCAAACAAAGACCCCGUGAGGAACAAGCUGAAGCCGAUGGAACUGCCGAUGCUGAAAAGGCUGCAUUCUUGCUUGGUGUCAAUUCUAAUGAUUUGAUAAAAUCUCUGCUUAAACCUAAGAUCAAAGUUGGCAAUGAGGUUGUCACACAAGGCCGUACAAGAGAACAGGUUCUGUACUCAGUUAGUGCCAUGGCUAAAUCUUUGUAUGACCGUAUGUUCAAAUGGUUGGUAACCAGAGUAAACCAAACCCUUGACACCAAGAAUAAGAGAAACUAUUUCAUUGGUGUACUGGAUAUUGCUGGUUUUGAAAUUUUCAAUUACAAUACCUUUGAACAACUGUGUAUUAACUAUACUAACGAGAGGUUACAGCAGUUCUUCAACCACCACAUGUUCAUUCUGGAACAAGAAGAAUACAAGAAGGAGGGUAUCGUGUGGGAGUUCAUCGAUUUUGGUAUGGACUUGCAAGCCUGUAUCGAUUUGAUCGAAAAGCCCAUGGGUAUCCUUUCCAUCCUUGAAGAGGAAUGCAUGUUCCCUAAAGCCGACGACAAGUCGUUUAAAGAUAAACUGUUUGCCAACCACUUGGGAAAAUCACCUAACUUUGGCAGACCAGGAAAUGCCUCCAAAGGAAAGGGACAAUCUGAUUUUGAGCUCCAUCACUAUGCUGGAAUUGUGCCAUACAGUACUGUUGGUUGGCUAGAAAAGAACAAAGAUCCAAUCAACGAAACUGUCGUGGAACUUCUGUCUCAUUCAAAGGAACAUUUGGUCCAAACUCUCUUUGCUGCAAACAAAGACGCAGAGACCACAGGAACACACAAAAAGAGGAAGUCCAGUGCGUUCCAGACUAUUUCAGCUCUUCACAAAGAGUCUUUGAAUAAAUUGAUGAAGAACUUGUACAGCACCCAUCCACAUUUCGUUAGAUGUAUCAUUCCUAACGAAAUGAAACAACCAGGUUUGAUUGAUGCCCACCUUGUCCUGAACCAACUCCAAUGUAACGGUGUACUGGAAGGAAUUCGUAUCUGUCGUAAAGGAUUCCCUAACAGAAUUAUCUAUUCAGAAUUCAAACAGAGAUACUCCAUUUUGUCUCCAAAUGCAAUCCCACAAGGUUUCACUGAUGGCAAACAGGUUACUGAGAAAGUUUUACUGGCUCUCCAACUUGAUCCAGCAGAAUACAGAUUAGGAACCACCAAAGUAUUCUUUAAGGCUGGUGUGCUUGGUAUGUUGGAGGAUAUGAGAGAUGAAUGUCUUUCAAAGAUUAUCUCCAACUUCCAGGCUCACAUCAGAGCUUACCUUAUCAGAAAGUCAUACAAGAAAUUGUGCGAUCAAAGAGUUGGCUUGUCCGUUAUUCAGCGUAACAUCAGAAAGUGGCUGAUUCUCAGAAAUUGGCAAUGGUGGAAACUGUACAUCAAGGUUAAGCCACUGUUGAACAUUGCUAGAGCAGAGGAAGAAAUGAAGAAGAAAAUUGAAGAGAUGGGCAAAUUAAGAGAGGAUUUAGCUAAAUGUGAACGUCUAAAGAAAGAACUGGAGGUUCAAAAUGUCACUUUGUUGGAACAGAAGAAUGAUUUGUACCUACAACUCCAAACAGAACAAGAUGCCGUAGCAGACUUGGAAGAGAGAGUUGAGAAACUUGUCACACAGAAAGCUGACUUUGAGAGUCAAAUUAAGGAAAUGGAAGAACGCCUGCUUGAUGAGGAAGAUGCAGCAGCUGAAUUGGAAGUAAUCAAAAGAAAAAUGGAAGGUGAAAAUGAUGAACUCAAGAAAGACAUUGAAGAUCUUGAAAACUCACUUGCUAAGUCUGAACAAGAAAAGACUACCAAAGAUAACCAAAUUAAAACACUCCAAGAUGAGAUGGCACAACAGGACGAUAUCAUGGCUAAGCUCAACAGAGACAAAAAGGGAAUGGACGAAGACCACAAGAGGACGCUUGAUGCUCUGCAGAAGGAGGAAGACAAAGUUAACCAUCUAUCAAAACUAAAACAGAAACUCGAAUCUACUCUUGAUGAGCUCGAAGACGGUUUGGAACGUGAAAAGAAGGUUCGUGGUGAUGUUGAAAAGGCCAAACGCAAAAUAGAACAAGAUUUGAAAGCCACACAAGAAGCCGUCGAAGACUUAGAACGUGUAAAGAGAGGAUUAGAAGAAACUAACAAAAAGAAAGAUGCCGAAAAUGCUGCUUUGUCCUCUCGUUUGGAAGAUGAUCAAAGUUUAAUUGCUCAACUCCAGAGAAAGAUUAAAGAACUUUUGGCCAGAAUAGAAGAGCUCGAGGAGGAACUAGAAGCAGAAAGAGCUGCAAGAACUAAGGUUGACAAACAACGUGCAGAAAUUGCCCGUGAGUUGGAGGACCUGAGCGAAAGACUUGACGAAGCUGGUGGUGCUACAAGUGCACAGCUUGAAUUGAACAAAAAGAGAGAACAGGAACUUUUGAAAUUACGCCGUGACUUAGAGGAAACCACUCUCCAACAUGAGGCCCAAGUAUCUUCCCUCCGUAAGAAACAACAAGACGCUGCUAAUGAAAUGGCUGACCAGAUCGACCAACUUCAGAAGGCCAAAUCCAAAACUGAAAAGGAGAGACAGCAAUUCAAGAGUGAAUGUGAUGAUCUCCAGUCUCAACUUCAACACAUUAGUAAAAACAAGGGUGUUUCAGAAAAGAUGGCCAAAUCACUUGAAAACACAAUUGCUGAACUCCAACAUAAAUGCGAUGAUUCCAAUAGGAGCGUUAACGACUUGAACACACAGAAAGCCAAGAUGCAGGCUGAAAAUGCCAACAUUAUCCAGCAGUUAGAGGACGUUGAACAUCAGUGCAGUGCUAUUUCCAAGGAAAGAAAUGCUAUGCAAUCACAACUUGAUGAAAUGAGGGCAGCCUUAGAGGAAGAAACCCGAGCACGCCAGAAACUUCAGGGUGACAUCAGGAAUCUGAACUCAGAUUUGGAUGGCUUGAGGGAAUCUAACGAGGAAGAGCAAGAGGCAAAGGCAGAACUCCAGCGUCAAUUGUCAAAGGCCAACAAUGAGGCUCAACAAUGGAGAGUCAAAUAUGAAAGUGAAGGCGCAAACAAAGCUGAGGAACUUGAAGAAGCUAGACGUAAACUACAAGCCAAACUUCAAGAAGCUGAACAGAACGCCGAGGCCGCAAAUGCUAAAGUGAGCUCACUCGAAAAAGCAAAGAACAGGCUGACAGGUGAACUUGAGGACUUAGGAAUUGAUGUCGAACGAGCCAAUGCUAAUGCUAAUUCCCUUGAGAAGAAACAACGUGCUUUCGACAAAACCAUCCAAGAAUGGCAAGCCAAGGUUACUGACCUUCAGUCUGAACUUGAGAAUGCACAAAAGGAAGCAAGAAGCUAUUCUGCCGAACUUUUCAGAUGUAAAGCUCAAUAUGAAGAAUCUCAAGAUUCAGUUGAGGCUCUGAGAAGGGAAAAUAAGAACCUUGCUGAGGAAAUCCACGAGCUUACAGAACAAUUAAGCGAAGGUGGCCGAAGUGUUCAUGAGGUCGAGAAAAUCAAGAGACGUCUUGAGAUGGAGAAGGAAGAACUUCAAGCUGCUCUGGAGGAGGCUGAAUCUGCCUUGGAACAGGAGGAGGCUAAAGUUAUGCGUGGACAACUCGAAAUUUCUAAUGUUCGAAGUGAGAUCGAAAGAAGACUACAAGAAAAAGAUGAGGAAUUUGAUAACACACGUCGUAACCACCAAAGAGCUCUUGAUUCCAUGCAAGCAAGUCUUGAAGCUGAGGCAAAGGGCAAAUGUGAGGCAAUGAGGAUCAAGAAAAAAUUGGAACAAGACAUAAACGAACUUGAAAUCGCAUUGGAUUCUUCCAAUCGUGCUAAGGCAGAACUUGAAAAGAACAUCAAGAGAUACCAACAACAAGUUUCAGAAAUGCAGAGACAGAUUGAAGAAGAACAACGCCAGCGUGAAGAAAUUCGUGAAUCAUACAACAUGGCCGAGAGAAGAUGUAACAUGCUUUCUGGUGAGGUAGAGGAACUUCGUACAGCACUUGAACAAGCAGAGCGGGCUAGAAAGGGAGCAGAAAACGAAUUAUUUGAAGCUAACGAUAGAGUAAAUGAACUAUCUGCUGAAGUCCAAUCAGCUCAAAGCUCCAAAAGGAAAUUGGAAGGGGAUAUUCAGGCCAUGCAGAGCGACCUCGAUGAGAUGAACAACGAAGUAAGAAACGCCGACGAACGUGCCAGGAGAGCAAAUGAUGAUUCCACAAGAUUGGCAGAUGAAUUAAGAAGUGAACAAGAACAUAGUCAACAGAUCGAGAAAUUCCGCAAGAGUUUGGAGAGUCAAGUCAAGGAUCUCCAGGUCCGACUCGAGGAGGCCGAGGCUCAGGCUCUCAAGGGUGGAAAGAAGAUGAUUGCCAAGCUGGAACAACGAGUACGUGAGUUGGAAGGUGAACUCGACAGUGAACAACGUCGUCAUGCUGAGACACAGAAACAUAUGCGCAAGGCAGAUCGCAGACUUAAAGAAAUUGCCUUCCAAGCUGAUGAGGACCGCAAAAACCAAGAAACUCUCAAUGAAAUGAUAGAUAAACUCAACAACAAACUCAAGACCUACAAACGUCAAGUUGAGGAAGCUGAGGAGAUUGCUGCUAUUAAUCUAGCUAAAUACCGAAAGGUUCAACAAGAGCUCGAGGAUGCUGAGGAGAGAGCAGACAGUGCUGAAGGUUCUCUUCAGAAACUCCGUGCUAAGAACCGUAGUUCAGUUUCUGUAACUCGUACUAGUUAUACUACUAGCACUCACGAAUAAGCCAUUUAAGGCAGCCAGCUUCAAGUCCGUCAUUAAAUUCUAGUAAUUUGCUAUCGCCUAGAUCUGCAUCUCGUGGAACUAGCCUUUAUCGUCGCUCUGUCACUCCUUCUUAUGAGGAGGAAAAUCAUUAUUGAAUAUCUACAUGUUAACAUCUGACCAGCUACUACACAAGGAACAACAACAUUCUUACCCGUGGAGUUGCCAGGAUAUUGUGGUUCAUUGUUGACUAUGAUUUAUUUAUUUUAUAGGUUUUAUAGUUUUAAAAUUUAAUUUAUUGACUGCAGUUUAUUUUGGAACUUCAUGGAAUUAUAACAUGUAUAUAUUUAAUAUAGUAUGAUCCCUCAUAAGGAUAUAUGUAACAGAUACAACAGUUUCUGUUGUGCAAAUUUUUUGAAUACAUUAAAGCUGUAUAUGUCAAAA